GCGGAUCUUGGUCAGGUUAUCGUCCCAUCAUCUUCCCCCGAUCCGCCUCGAACAAACGACACUGUCACCAUCCCGUAGACUCGUGGUGAUCAUGGUGAUGGCCGUUGCGGUUCGAGCCGACAUCCUCCAAUAUGGCCGCCAGCACGACGGGCAGUGAUCGGGAUUUCCGCGAGCAGUUGGGCAAGUUCCGUCUCGACCCAGCUGUCGCCGCCAGCGUUACGUCCGAGCACACGCGGACAGACACCCAGCAGACGCGCAGCAAGCGUGUCUCUACGGCCUGCGAGUUCUGCCGUAAGAGGAAGAAGAAAUGCGACUUCAGAUACCCCAAUUGCAGCGCGUGCACGCGCGCCGGUGUGCGCUGUACUGUCCUCUCUCAAGGUCAGCAGAUCUUCAAUGCUUCUGUGCCUCGAGAUCAGCUUGAGAAACUCCAGAAGCGGGUGGAAUGGCUGGAACAUAUCAUCCGCAAGAAGACCGGGGCCGAUGUCUCUGAUACUCCAACGGGCAGUGCCGUGGACGGCGAAGGAGAGCUGGACUGGUGGUAUCAUGUCCCAGACCUCAUCGCUGGGAAUCAAACCGCGACCAGCCCUGGAGGGGCGACGGAUUCCUCCAGCGCUGGGUCUCCUGGGAUUGCUCCGGAGCUGCCUAAUAUAGGAGAGAUCUUUCGUGAUAAACUUGAGAACCGACGGCCGUCGACGGCCCGGCCAGCAGCAGCAUCGCCAAAAGUCCUUCGGCUCUCUUCCUUCGAAGAGGCGCAGACAGUCGCGAGCGAGUAUUUCGACAGUCUCGGAUAUCAGUAUCCAUUCCUUCACCGCGGGGAGUUCAUGACCAACCUGCGGCGGAUCUAUAACGGGGAGACAGUCCCUGCGGACGCGCAAUUCUCCUACCACAUAACCAUGGCUACGGCAGUACUGAUCGGGUCGUCGGAUGGAAGUAUGUCGUCGUCGUUCUACAACGCGAGUCGGGAAACCCUACCACUGGCACUGCAGAAUGAGGAUCUCCCAGCGCUGAGGGCUCUCCUUAGCGUCGCCCUCUAUACGAUGUUCUCAACGUCCGGGCCAAGCGUCUGGCAUGUACUUGGAACAGCGAUGCGCCUGGCGACAAGUCUGGGCUUACACAAGGCUAAGCAACCGGGGCAGGCAGUAGAUCUGGUGGAAGACCAGAUGGGGAAGCGUGCUUUCUGGAGUCUCUACAACCUUGAUCGUUUGACGGCUGCAACCCUGGGACGCCCAGUAAGCAUUUCAGACGAAGACAUUACGACGGACCUUCCGCGCGAGUACGACGACAAUUGGAUCGAGGCACCGGGCGCAUGCGCCAUGAGCAUUCCUGUUCAGGUGGUCAGGCUGCGGCGCAUCUUCUCCCGGGUCUAUCGUGCGUUCUACAGCAAUCGACCGCGUCCAUCUAGAGAGGUGCUUGCUCAGAUGAUCAAUGACUUCAGGACCGAGUUGGAUGCCUGGCGUACUAACGCACCACUGCUCCUCUCCGCAAUUCACUACUCGACUAGUUAUUUUGAUUAUCUUUACUAUACCACCUUAUUACUUAUGUACCGUCCCAGUCCUGUCAAUCCCGCUCCCGAUGACGCAUGUAUUGUGGGCUGCGGCGACUCCAGUAUCCAGAUCAUCCGAUCGUACUGGGACAGUUACUCCCUGGGGAAGAUCAAAUGGAUCUGGUUGACCCUAUGCCAGAUCUAUUCAGCUGGAAUAACCAUCCUAUGGUGCAUUGAACAGAAUAUUCGCGCCGUCAAUGAGGGACGCCCCAUUCUCUGGGAACCAAAGGAUGACAUGGUUCGCUAUGGAGUCGAUGCAGUGGUCGUGCUGCUCGAGGAAUUUGGAAAGAGAAGGAACGGCGUUGACAGACUCGCUACGACGUUCCAGAAACAGAGCUCUGCCGUGCUCAGCAGAAUGGUGCAUUCGCCUCCGGGCAUUGAUGACGUGCUCUUAAUGAAUGGACCUGUCCCAGAGAUCGAUCCUAGCGUCGUUGAGCAAUUGUUCUACGCUUAUGAUUGGUUUCAGGACGAAGUCGCAACAUUCUAUACCCUAUAGGCUUGUCACGAUGCCUGAGUGUUUUCACAUCACAUACGUCAAAAAUGGGGUUCUAUGGCCUCUUGUCCUGUAGGUUAUCGCUGGUUCUCGGUCUGGGCAACCCUUGCCUAUACGGCAAUCCCCAGCACUAUUUGACUCGGCCAUUACCUUUCCUUCUGAUGAUGUCCUAAACGACCGGGAGAGACGCGCAUGUGCUAGCC